CGUGUCUCCGUGCUUCCGGUCAUGUCUGCUAUUUACUCCCGGUGACCGACUGCAGUCCUGCCGGGGAGGAGGCCCUCUCUCCGGGGGGGCUCCUGUUCCACACACCGGGAGCACCGGGAGCACCGCGAGCACCGGGAGCACCGGGAAACACCGGAGAGAGAGACUCCCCGCUGUGACCAAAUAUGGGCUUUCCGCUUGGACCGUGUUUGGGGAUGUAUACGUCACUCAUCAGGAGUCUUUAUAAAGCCGCGGAAUCCUCCUGCACAAAUUCAACACGUGAAAACACACACACCGACACCGACACACAAAGACCUAUACACACCGACACACACUUAGUCUGAAUAACAUUUAAAACUCUAUUUCAAAUAUGUUUGGAGCUUCACACACACAGCAUGCACACACACUUCUUAAUAACAUUUAAAAUCAUGGCUAUUUCAAAUAUGCUUGGAGCUUCACACAUGCACACACACAUGCACACACACACUUAGUCUGAAUAACAUUUAAAAUAAUUUUUCAAAAAUUCCUGGAGCUUUGGAUUUCUCCGGGCACUCCGAGCAGCAGCAACCCGGGAAUAGCGCCUCUUUUUCGGGUUAGGAGUUGACUUUUUCGUCGGUCCGGAGUCGGACCCACCUCUCUCACGGAGGAUGUUGUCAGCCCUGCAGCUGUCGGAGGCCGGCCUCCCGUCGCCCCUCUCCCCGCUGGAGGGGUACCUCUCCCGGCUGGAGGAGCUCCACUCACUGCUGCAGAACGCGGCCGCUGGAGGCUCUCUGUUGGCGGCCUCAGUAGCUCAGGGAGCCAGGGAGCAGAGCGCGGAGCUCCGGGAGCACGGAGACUGUCUGUCAGACCUGGAGCUCCUCCCCUCGUACAGCGGGCGCUUCUCAUUCGAGCCCGCCAGCUUGUGGGCGGAGCCUCUGCUCAGCCUCAUCACCGGAUUGGUCAGCGUGGCUCCUCCUCCUCCUCACCCCUCGUCAUCGCCAUCAUCAUCAUCAUCAUCAUCGCUGCUGCCUCCUGAGCCAAUCAGCUGUGGAGGAGACUCUUCUGUCUUCUCCCAUUCGACAACGAGGUACACAAUGACGCCCCCCUCUGAUUCGCUGGUGUUCCCGUCAGAAGCCCCGCCCCCUUCCUACCCCGGCGUCCAGAAAGCCAACAGGAAGUGCAGGACUUCGCCGAAACAUCGCCCGUUUUCCUGCCCGUCCGCCGGCUGCGAGCGCCGUUUCUCGCGCAGCGACGAGUUGACGCGUCACCUGCGCAUCCACACGGGUCAGCGUCCGUUCAGCUGCCGCUUCUGCAGCCGCAGCUUCUCCCGCAGCGAUCACAUGACCACGCACGUGCGCACGCACACCGGAGAGAAACCCUUCAGAUGCAGCGACUGCGGACGCAGCUUCGCCCGCAGCGACGAGCGCAAACGACACCUCAAGAUCCACCAGAAGCAGCGGGAUCGAACCAGCACAACCAACGCAGACGCCGUAUCAUCGCCCCCCACGGACGCUCCUGCGCCGGGCUUUUUAUAGCGCUUUUCCCAUGGAUGUAUAAUAAGAACUGGAUACAGCAGAGCGGACAGAAGGACACGUGUAAAGACAAACACAAUGACGUCACAGCAGCUGCAGUACCACCGUUCGGCCUCUAGGAUCUACUAUGGCUCGGAUUUUGUAAAGGCACUUGAAUAAGCAAACUAAAGAUAGUAUUGAGUCCCAGAAGCUGUUUGGACGCCACAGACCUGCUGUGGCUGGGAGGGCUCAGACUUCUGACCUCAGACUGAAGUUUAACCAGAAACUUUGAAAAAGAAACGGUAUUUGUUGUUCCCGCAGUGACCACAGGGGGCGCUGUUCCUGAAGAAAGACUUGUGUAAAGACACUUGAAUAAGCAAAAUAAAGGUAGUAUCUUUGGGCCAAAAUGACGUCAUAGAAGCUGCAGUACCACCGUUUGGCCUCGAGGACGUUUCUGUGGCUUAGGAGGUCUUGGACUUCUGACCCUCAGACUGAAAUUGAACCAAAAACUCUGAAAAAUAAAUGUUUAUUUCAGCGUUGUUUGUUCACGGAGGUUCAGUUUGAGCCUCGCCAGCCUCCGUACCUGAGGGUCCUCCCGUAGCAGAGCCUGUACCUGAGGGUCCUCCCGUAGCAGAGCCUGUACCUGAGGGUCCUCCCGUAGCAGGGCCUGUACCUGAGGGUCCUCCCGUAGCAGAGCCUGUACCUGAGGGUCCUCCCGUAGCAGAGCCUGUACCUGAGGGUCCUCCCGUAGCAGAGCCUGUACCUGAGGCUGAUCUCUAUCCACCUGCUUCCCCUCUAACACAAAGAGAAUAUAAUGUCCAAUACGCUGACGCAUGGUCACUUAUUAUUGAGAGGAAACUGUUUACUCUUUGCUUUAAUACAAAAUAAAAGUUUCUAAAAAAUA